AUGGGUGUUUCGGUGUUGCUCCUAAGCUUCGAUGACGCCGUCUUGAGGUCAAUUGGAUGCCAAGCGGCAUGCAUUGCGUUUCCAUGGGCACUUUGUUUGGGUUUUGCUCUUACCGCCUCAGCUCUCUUUACCAAGACACAUCGCAUCAAUCUCAUUGUCAACCAACGACAGUUUCGAAGAGUUGCCGUGACUGCGCUGGAUGUCAUGAAACCCAUGUUUUGUCUCGUGGGUAUCAAUGCCCUCACAUUGAUCUUGUGGAAUGCUCUCAACCCGGCGGAAUGGGUCCGUGAAACCACCGACUAUGAUGCCUUUGGCCGGCCGUCACAUUCCAUUGCCUAUUGCUCUUACGAGGGGGCCAUCCCGUACAUCAUCACGCUGGCAAUCACCAACGUUGGGGCCAUCUUUUAUGCGUGCUACGAAGCCUAUGUGGCUAGAGAUGUCUCCACGGAAUACGCCGAGUCCGAGUACAUUUUCAAAUCCAUGGCAACCGUGCUCGUGGUUUGCUUUAUCGGAAUCCCCAUGGCAUUCGUGACAGAGGAGAGCACCACAGUCCACCGAUGUACCCUUGCUGCCGUCAUUUCGGCGUGUUCGCUAAGUUCUAACUUUAUAUUUUUGUUCCAAGAUCAAGUAUUAAUCGCCAAUGCGAUUCGAGAUGUCACAUGGCAACAGCAACAAUCAACCGCAUCUAGGCGUCAGUCUGGAGUCUCCGCGUUUCGAGCACGAGAUCGUUGUCAUCCGAGUCUACAGGCGAAGAGUUUGGAUUACGAGUCUUCAAUCGGAAACAUAGAGAAACGGAUCUCGUGUCCGAAGUCCACAAAUUGA